AGAGCCUCGUUUUAGCUAUUAAUCACUUAGCGCCGAAAGUGUUCCUGGGUAGAACUGCCGCUUGGAGGCGGGACAGGAAGUGUUCUCCAGAAGGAGGUUUCGUGGGGAAGCUUUUGCGGCUAGGACACUUCCUGUAAUCUAGUAACAAUAGGAAGUGUCCGCGGAGCCGGAGGUAGACUCCCGGCUCAUGUAAGCUGCGGCCUUUUUCUUCUGUCUCCUUCUCCCCCUUCUCAUGGCCCUCUUUCCCUCUCCUCCUGCUUCCCAGGAUCCCUGGCGGAGUGUGUGUGUGUGUGGGAGCGCGAGAGUCCCCACCAGGCACCCAUUGGGACGCGCGGCUGCAGUUAGGGCCUUGGCCCCACCACCAGAGGAAGAUGUUGCCACCUGCCUGCUCCUCCUGAACUUACAGGCUUUUGCCAUACUUCCCCAUGGAGGACACACCCACCUCACUCAGCUGUUCUGACUGUCAGUGCCAUUUUCCUAGCCUUCUGGAACUGUCACAGCACUGUGAACUGCUCCAUCCAUCUUCCAGCCAGGACAGUGGGGAGGCUGAGAGUAUCCCUCGGCCCUACCGCUGCCAGCAGUGUGGACGGGGCUACCGUCACCCAGGGAGCUUGGUCAACCACCGCCGGACCCACGAGACUGGCCUUUUCCCAUGUACCACCUGUGGCAAAGACUUCACCAAUCCCAUGGCCCUCCAGGGCCACAUGAAGACUCAUGCUCCUGAGGGCCACCCCAGGCACAGGCCCCCUGGCCGCAAGGAAACCACUCCAUGCCUCCAGGGGGAGACAGUGUCCACUGACUCCUGGGGCCUGAGGCUUGGCCCUGGGGAAAGCUGGGAAAAUGAGAAAAAACAUGCUGAAGAGACACCUGGCAGUGAGUCUGGGCCUGACCCUAGGGUAGCUCUGAACACUUGGGAAGAUCCACCCACCAGACAAAGAGAAGGCUGGGUUAGCCAGCCAGAUCCUGAGGUGGGUGCAGAGGGCUUGGGACCAACCACCAACUCUACCGGAGCCCCACUGCUCCUCACCCCAGCCAACAGCCUCCUUAGCAAUUUAGAACAAUAUUUGGCUGAAUCAGUAGUGAAUUUCACAGGGGGCCAGGAGUCCACCCAGUCCCCUCCAACUGAGGAGGAACGGCGGUACAAGUGUACUCAAUGUGGCAAGACUUACAAGCAUGCUGGGAGCCUCACCAACCACCGCCAGAGCCACACACUGGGCAUCUACCCUUGUGCUAUCUGCUUCAAGGAGUUCUCUAACCUCAUGGCUCUGAAGAACCACUCCCGACUCCAUGCUCAGUAUCGGCCUUAUCAGUGUCCCCAUUGCCCCCAUGCCUUUCGGCUCCCUCGAGAGCUGCUGGAACACCAGCAAUCCCAUGAGGGUGAAAGGCAGGAGAGGCUAUGGGAAGAGAAAGGGAUGCUCACCACCAAUGGGCACACAGAUAAGCACUGCCAAGACCAACUCCCUAAUACACAUAUACCGAAUGGCUCUGGGAACCUCAGCACCUCUGGGGAACUGGAGGACAGUGGCUUGGAAGAGUACCGGCCUUUCCGUUGUGGGGACUGUGGCCGUACUUACCGCCAUGCUGGGAGCCUCAUCAACCAUCGCAAGAGCCACCAGACAGGUGUCUACCCCUGUUCCAUCUGUUCCAAGCAGCUAUUCAAUGCAGCUGCCCUCAAAAACCAUGUGCGGGCUCAUCACAGACCCCGGCAAGGAGCUGGGGAAGAUGAGCAGCCCUCAGUGCCACCAGCUCCCCUGUGUCUGACUGAGAUUACCCAUAAAGAGAAGGAGAUUCCCACCACCCUGGACCACCGGCCCUAUAAGUGCAGUGAGUGUGGUCGGGCUUACCGACACCGGGGGAGCCUAGUGAACCACCGUCACAGCCAUAGGACAGGAGAGUACCAGUGUUCACUGUGUCCCCGGAAGUAUCCUAACCUAAUGGCCCUGCACAACCAUGUCCAGGUACAUUACAAGGCUGCUCAUUGCAACACAGGCCCAGAGGUUAAGGGUCCCCCCAGCCACCUCAAGGUGGAGCUCCCACCUAACUCAGUGGGAGCAGAAGCAGCCCCACAUACAGAACAAAGACGUAGUUGUGAACAUGAAGAGGAGGCCAUUAAUUCCCCUCCAGCAGCAGACAGUACAGCAUCACAGAUAUGUAGCACGUGUGGGAUGCUCUUUGAAGAUCCUGAGAGCCUUGGACAUCACAGCCAGACCCAUGGGGAAAGGGAAAACAGCAGGACAGAGACGAGGGUGUCACCUCCUCGGGCAUUUGCCUGCCAAGACUGUGGAAAGAGCUAUCGCCAUUCAGGCAGCCUUAUCAACCAUCGGCAGACCCAUCAGACUGGGGACUUCAGCUGUGGAGCUUGUGCCAAGCACUUCCACACCAUGGCUGCCAUGAAGAACCAUUUGCGCUGCCACAGUCCACGGUGGAGCAGGUGGUACUGGAGGCAGGCUGGCAGUGCGGGUUGUGAGGGAGAAGCCAAGUGCCCAUCAGGAGAGAACUGGGCCCAGGAAUUGGAGGACAAAGAGGGCCUGGACUGUUCUCAAGACCCUUCAGGGGAAAGUCCUAGUGGAGCUGAAGGCAACUUGGAAAGUGAAGGGGGCUCUUUGCAGGCUGAAGUUGAAAGGGACAAAUGUGGACUUGAGAGGCAUAAGGCCUGUUUCCAGGGUGAUAAAGCAAGCAGAACCACUGAGGAAGGGCUCGAAAAGAAGGAGGCCUGUUUCCUUGACAACUUUGACUUCCCAGGCAAUGAGGAAAGCAGUGGGACUCGCUUCGAUGAUGGCCUCCCUGGGGUGGAUAAAGACCAGAAACCAGCUGCUGGCCAGCUCAGCUCCUCUUCCCAUGCUACUGAAGCCGUCACUGGCUGUCAGGCUGAGGUCUCAUACACGUGUCCUGACUGUGGGCAUUCUUUUCCCCGCGCCACAGGCCUGAGCCACCAGCCCUGCCACCCACCAGGCAUCUAUCAGUGUUCCCUCUGCCCAAAGGAGUUUGACUCUCUGCCUGCCCUACGCAGCCACUUUCAGAACCAUGGGCCUGGGGAGGCAGCCUCAGCACAGCCUUUCCUCUGCUGCCUCUGUGGCAUGAUCUUCCCUGGGAGGGCUGGCUAUAGGCUUCACCGGCGCCAGGCUCAUGACUCCUCUGGCAUGACUGAGGGCUCGGAGGAGGAGGGGGAAGAGGAAGGGGCAACAGGGGCAGCUUCCACCCACAGCCCCACACUGCAGCCAUCAGAGGCAGAACUGCUGAAUCAGCUGCAGCGGGAGGUGGAGGCACUAGAUGGAGCAGGUUAUGGACACAUUUGUGGUUGCUGUGGUCAGACCUAUGAUGACCUGGGGAGUCUGGAGCGUCACCACCAAAGUCAGAGUUCUGGGAACACCACAGACAAGGCUCCCAGCCACCUUGGAGAGUCAGGUGAUGCCACCAGAAUGGCUGCAGAUGGUGUCUUUGAGGGCACAGUGACCUCUCUGUCUGGGGAGGGUGGAGACACAAAGUCUGGAGUGGUUGUAGGUGCCAUGGUUGUAGACACCCUUUGUAUGCAGGGUAGGGAAAGUUCUCUGGAGACUCAGCCCCGCCCCUUCCGUUGCAACCAGUGCGGCAAGACCUAUCGCCAUGGGGGCAGCCUGGUGAACCACCGCAAGAUCCACCAGACCGGAGACUUCAUCUGCCCCGUCUGCUCUCGCUGCUACCCAAACCUGGCUGCCUACCGUAAUCAUCUGAGAAACCACCCACGCUGCAAAGGGUCUGAGCCCCAGGGGAGUGCCACCUCAGAGGCAGGAGGCAGCAGUAAGCCCCAGAACCUGGCAGGAGAGGGGUUGGUGCAGUCAGAAGAGGGGAAGUUCCAGGCAGAGCUUAAAGCAGAGCCCCUGGAGGAGGUGGCAAAUACGAAAGAAGAGGUAUGGAAGGAGAUUCCUGUGAAGGGGGAGGAGGUGGAGCCAAGGUUAGAGACUGCAGAGAAGGGCUGCCAGACUGAGGCUAGCUCUGAGCGGCCCUUCAGCUGUGAGGUAUGUGGCCGGUCGUACAAACAUGCCGGCAGCCUCAUCAAUCACCGGCAGAGCCACCAGAUUGGCCACUUUGGCUGCCAAGCCUGCUCCAAAGGCUUCUCCAACCUCAUGUCCCUCAAGAACCAUCGACGUAUCCAUGCAGAUCCCCGACGCUUUCGCUGCAGUGAGUGUGGCAAGGCCUUCCGCCUGCGGAAACAGCUGACCAGCCACCAGCGGGUCCAUGCUGAGCGGGGUGGGGGUGGGGGCACCCGAAAGCUGACCCGGGAAGAUCGGCCCUUCCGGUGUGGGCAGUGUGAGCGGACCUACCGCCACGUAGGCAGCCUUCUGAACCACCGGCGCAGCCAUGAGACAGGCCAAUACAGCUGUCCAACCUGGCCUAAGACCUACUCCAACCACAUCAUUCUAAAGGACCACCAGAGGCUGCACUCAAAGAGCCACAAGUGGCGAGCAGGGCGAUCCUGGCAGGCAGCUAUGUGCUGUGCCCUCUGUGGCCAGGGCUUCCCUGGCCAGGGAUCUCUGGAGCGGCACCUGAGAGACCAUGAGGAGACUGAAAGUAGUCAGGGAGGCCCUGAGGGCAGUGAGGGGUACCUGAUUAAUGAUCAGAGACCACAGGACAGAUCAGGUGGUACUGAGUCAGUACCCCAGCUGGAAGAUGGAGCCAUGAGUUCCAGGGAGCAGAGUCAGAGUCCCAUCAGGGCAGCAGGUUCAGAAGCCACAGAGUCGGUGUUCCAGGGCAUGGGGAAAGUAGGUGGGUGGCAAGGAGAUGGGGGACCAGUGAAUCAUAAAGAUUGGGUUCCUGAGGUACUGACCAAGCCAGAUGAGUCAGAAGUCAAUGUUCCCAGGAGUCUGUGCCACAUUGGCAACAGCCAGCUCAGACCUAGUCUGUAUCACAUGGAUAGCUGGGAUAGUGGAAACACCAGCCCUCAGCUCCAGCUGAGCCACCCCUUUUCCUGCAGCCAUUGUGGCAAGACCAACUGCCAAUUGGAAGGCCUCUUAAACCACAACAACACCCACAAGAGAGACCACCACUAUUGCCUGCUCUGCUGCAAGGAGUUCUUGAAUUAUGUGGCCACUAAGAGCCACACAGCUGCCCAGACCUUUGCCUGCUCUGACUGUGGAAAGGCCUUUCAGUCCUGCCAGGAACUAGCCAGCCACCUGCAGACUCACGCCAGGGGCCUCAGUCAGAUGCCACCCCAGGUAGAAGAGGCCACAGGUUCCAAAGCUGGGACUGUGGAGGAUAAAAUAGAUCUCCCUGGCCAAGGGAAAUCCCAGAGGGCCCUGUCAGAACUCUCCAGAACCCCAGGAAAGAGUGCUGGGAGAGCUAACGGAGGGCAAGGAGGAAAGUCCACAGUGGCUGAAGACGAGGAGUGACCCUUCCGUUGUGCCCAGUGUGGGCGUUCCUAUCACCAUGCCGGUAGCCUGCUGAACCACCAGAAGGCCCACAGCACUGGGCUUUACCCUUGCUUCCUCUACCCCAAACUUCUCCCCAACCUACUGCCCCUUAAGAACCAUGACAGAACCCAUACGGACCCCAAAUGCCACUGCUGUGACAUCUGUGGCAAGGCCUUCCUAACAGCUGCCUGGCUGGAGGGCCAUGGGCAUGUCCAUGCACCCCGGGAGGGACCUUUCAGCUGCCCCCAAUGUCCCCCCCACUUCUGCUGCCAAGCCAGCUUCCUGCAGCACCAACAACGGCACUGGGAGGCGUGGACGGUGAGCAGCUCUGGUUAUGGGGCAUGGAUGGGCUUGUGUGGAGGAUUCAGGGCCCCAGAAGAGGUGGGCAUGUGGUGGAGGGAAGGCCUGUUCCCAGAUGGGUAGGGGAGCAAGGAGUGAAUGGAGGACCACAUGGAUUCCCAGAGAGGGCUCAGAGCUUGGAUAUGGAGCGAGAAAGUGGUUGGAGGGUGCUGCCUUUUGGGCUGCUGAGAUCUGCAUCCCUGGGUCAGGUAGGUGGCGUAGUGGGCAGGGGUGGGGUGUGGAGUGGGCACAGGCAGGGGCAGCUCUCUGGGCUCCUGUGCCAAAGCCACAGAGGAAUAGUCUUUUUGGGGAGGGGAGGUACCUCUGACAUCUGGAAACCCUCCUAAACCAGCCAGUGAUGAUUUCCAGAGAAAAAGGUGGUCUAGGUUCUGCUCUUACCUGUAGUAGGCAGAGAGCCAGAGAAUGAGGAUUGGGACAUGGGAGGCACCCCAAGACUGGACCGUUUUGUAGCUUCAUUGCUGACCUGGCCAGGGAAACUGGGUCUCUGGUUGGCAUCCAGCUCCCUGUCCAUCUUCCCCUGUGCUGUCUCUCUUGUUCUUCCUUCUCUUUUCUUGGAAACUACUUUUUCUAUCAGUAUUGCCCCAUGUCUCUUCUUCCCUCUAGUUAACCCUUUCUCCCUCUGCAGUAUAUCUCUUUUAGGACCCAGCCAAACCAACUUUUCCACCUACAUACCCCGCUGCCCACCAGUGCCCUUUAACUGGAGAACUGAGUCACACAUAAUUGUUCCUUUGAUGCCAGGCCCAACUAUAGCAACAACAGUCUUUAGCCCCUAUUUCCUGGCCUCUAUCAGGAUAGUCUUCAUGGAAAGUCACCUUGCCUAGCCCUGCUGGAGAUGAGGCUAUAGAGGAGUGGGGCAGCCUGUUCCCUCAGCAGGCCCUGGAUGUGUGCCCUGUACCUGCUGUAAUCAGUAGCCCUUCUCCCAGGGCCCAUUGCAUUUAGUGGCCACCAGUGUGGGUGUCCCUGAGAUGGUGAACCCUUGACCAGAGAUUGUCUGGGAAGGAGGGGGUGGUGGGUGAGAGUCUCCUGAGAGACCUGACAAGAUGGCUUUCUGCAUAAAAGAUUUUGUGUGACCUUUAGGGAAUGAGCAAAGAGCCAAUUAGCCAGGUCUGGGAAAAUGAAUGGGAGUUCUCACAUAGGCCUCUGGGGCCAUGGGCUCGGGGGAUGGCCUAUAGGGCUGGGGAAGUAGGGGACAAGCUGUGUGGAGUUUGCCCCCUCAGUGACCUCUCUCUCUCCCCAGGAGCCCCAAAAGCACCAGCAGCAGGCAGACGGGACGUGUCAUUUCCUCCUCCAUCCCCCUCAGCCCCACUCCUGGACCUUUCACCCCAAUGGCCUGCAGACCUCAGCUUCUCCCUCUGAAGUUCAAGUCUCCAAAGAUCACCACACUGGGUAGUGGGGCGGGUUGCAAGGAAAAGUUUGAUAUCCAUGUUUUGCUCAGGAGUACUUUGGCGUCCCCAUCUCUUGUUCUUCUCUCCUAUGAGGAGGACCCAAAUCUGGCUUCUUCAAGAAGGGGGUGAGGUGUUCCUCAUGUCCCUGACCUUGAAAGACCUCCUUCCCCCAGCCUUUGUCACCAUGGUCUUCUGUGUGACUAGCCCUGUAAGAAAUCUGGUGCCAGGCUCUGCCAUGAUGCUGGGCCACCCUCACCAGCCAGAUUCCAACAUCAGGGAGAGGCAGAUUCAGAGAGAGCCACAGGUGGGACUGUUGCCUGUGGGAGGGGAGCCUUUUGCUACAAUUUGUAACUUAUUUUCUAAAGUCUAUUUUGUAACAAUUUAUUUAAGUUUUAAAGGAAAAUUGCUCCCCGCCAAAAAAGAAAUUUCCAAAGUACAAGGCUGGUGUGAUUCUAUCUGAGGGGAAGAAGAGGGAAAGCUGGGGAUGUCCUUGUUGGGCAGCAGAGCUGGGUAUGAGGAAGCAUCCACAGGCAUUAUCUCCCUGUCCUUCAGGGUGGGG